GAGUAAGGCGAGGCCGCUUGGCAGCCUGAAGCGAGGGCCGUGACAGUGUGCGCCUGCGCGGGGCGCCAUUGCUUUCCCCGGCUCGCCGACCCCAGGCGCUGGGCCUUUGUCUGAUCCGCUUGGCUUGCGAGGCUGCUGCGGCCGCCGUGUCCUUCUCGUCCGGGCUGCCACCUCCUUGAGAGUCCGAUCUGACGGUGGGGCUUUGUCCCCCUCCCAUUUUCCGUCAUGCGAAUUCCUCUUGGUCGGCAUCGUGGCUCGGCGCCCCGGCGUACUGGAGCGUCGGCGAAGGGCUGGAACCAGCGCGGGCUCCGGGGCACUGGCUGCCGAGUGGCAGAAUUCCUCUGAUACUCCUCGGAGGACAGGCGACCCCCGAGGAGCUGGAGGGGUUUCGAAAACCCCGGGCCUUCUUGCUCCGUACGGUUACAAGGGGAGCCGUAAAUGAGCACUUCUAACGUUCAGUGUAUCUUUGCCUGCCUACAUCAAUCUGCAAGGGAGUUGCAGAAAAGCCUCAUGUUCAUCGAGCCGUGAGUCACAACCAAUUUCUAAGCUGUUAUAACAAAAAAGUGUUUGCUUUUUUUCCACAAGUAACUUUUAAAGUGUAGUUUAGAAAGAAAACAUUUUCAGUAAAAAGACACUACAUUAAUCCUGGAUGCUUGCAGAUCCUGAAAUAUAUUCCUCCUUGACUAUUACACCUCACUGUGUCCUAUACACAGAUUAGCCUUAAAAUUUGUCACAUACCACUUUGCCUUUACUUUUAUGUAUCAUUCCCCCUGACUUCCUUACUGCAGGUGUGGGCAAGAAAACUUUUCCUUUAAAACUUUUCAACAGCGGGCAUAAAAUUCUGCAGCUGAGUUCCUCAAGAAUGCAGAUGGGUACAGUAUGUGUUGGCGUUCACAGUGUGUAUUGACUAACCUGAUUCCUUUUUGCUUUCUUUGGUAUUGUCUUGUUAAAAGUGACUCCCAGGUGCCAACUUUCCUUUUAAGGGUGGGAAUGAAAGGGGAAUAAGAAGAAAACGUCUACAGAGAUUUAACAGUCAAUGAUAGAGCUUGAAAGCUUUCUUCUUCCUCUUGUAGUUUUUGGCAAAACACUGCCUAUUAAUUUGACUACAAUAAAAAGAAUAAAUAGCUUCGGUUGGUGGAAAUUACCAGCUCAAAGUCCUACGUGAUAGAUUCAUGGCACUCUGAUUACAUGGGUCUUAGUGUCUCAUUGCCCACAUGUAUAUUUGGGCAGAUACCUUUUGGUACUCACUCUUACUUCUGACUCCUUGACAUAAUGAUGGAGUUAGAUGUGAUUAAGUGUGCAUCUUAGCUUAAAAAUGUAUUCCAUUUUCUAUUGUAAAUAUCUUUAGGUCAGUUUCUUAGUGUAUAUGGUGGGGAGAAUACAGAAAUGCUAGUCUGCCAAUCAUCCAGGUGUGUUGUUGUGCCAGAUAACCUUGUGUAGUUAAUGAGAUAAUACGUUAUUUAAAAGCACAAAUGAAUUUCAGGAGAUGAAACCAGACAGAGGGUCAAGUUUACAGAUGACCGAGUCUGCAAGAGUCACCUUCUGGAUUGCUGCCCCCAUGACAUCCUGGCUGGGACGCGCAUGGAUUUAGGAGAAUGUACCAAAAUCCACGACUUGGCCCUCCGAGCAGAUUAUGAAAUUGCAAGUAAAGAAAGAGACCUGUUUUUUGAAUUAGAUGCGAUGGAUCACUUAGAGUCCUUCAUUGCAGAGUGUGAUCGGAGAACUGAACUUGCCAAGAAGCGGCUGGCAGAAACACAGGAGGAGAUCAGUGCAGAAGUUUCUGCAAAGGCAGAAAAGGUACAUGAGUUGAAUGAAGAAAUAGGAAAACUUCUUGCUAAAGCAGAGCAGCUAGGAGCUGAAGGAAAUGUGGAUGAGUCCCAGAAGAUCCUUAUGGAAGUGGAGAAAGUUCGUGCAAAGAAAAAAGAAGCAGAGGAGGAAUAUAGAAAUUCCAUGCCUGCAUCCAGUUUUCAACAGCAGAAGCUCCGAGUCUGUGAGGUUUGUUCAGCUUACCUUGGUCUCCAUGACAAUGAUCGUCGUCUUGCAGAUCACUUCGGGGGCAAGUUACACUUGGGGUUCAUUCAGAUCCGAGAGAAGCUUGAUCAGUUGAGGAAAACUGUGGCUGAAAAGCAGGAGAAGAGAAAUCAGGAUCGCUUGAGGAGAAGAGAGGAGAGAGAGCGAGAGGAACGGCUGAGCAGGAGGUCUGGAUCAAGAACCCGAGAUCGCAGGAGGUCACGAUCCCGGGAUCGUCGACGGAGGCGAUCUAGAUCUACCUCCCGAGAGCGUCGAAAGUUUUCCCGUUCCAGGUCCCGAGAUAGACACCGGCGACAUCGCAGUCGUUCUCGGAGCCAUAGCCGGGGUCACCGCCGGGCUUCCAGGGACCGGAGUGCAAAAUACAAGUUCUCCAGGGAGCGCUCAUUGAGAGAGGAAUCCUGGGAGUACGGGCGGAGUGAGCGAGGGCCCACUGACUGGAGGCUGGAGAGCUCCAAUGGCAAGACUGCAUCGAGAAGGUCGGAGGAGAAGGAGGCUGGCGAGAUCUGACCCUGACUCUGGCAUUGUAAAUAGUCUGACAAAUGUUCAGCACAGCCUAAAUCACCCUUUGUAUUUGCCGGAUACAACUCAUCUUUUGUAGUUAAAACUUCUGUUGUUUGGCCCUAGCUGUGAGUUUCUAGAGUUGUUCAGAGCUGCUCCUGUGUUUGGGGUUAUGUUAUAUAGGAACAAAUAAAUUUGGCGGCUGCCUCCUGACAGCUGUGUUGGGGUGUCUGCUGGCCUCUACUCUAGAGGCACUUCACUAGGACCCUGCACCUGUGGAAAUAAAGGCUGGUGCUGCCAUUAUCUUAGGAAACUGACCAAAUGUCUGACCACUUAAACUUUUGGCAUCCUGUGUGCCGGGAUACUCCCAACACACUUACCUAAGCCAGAUUUCUCUGCCUUGCUCACACUCUGCAUUUCAAUGCAGACCAUAGAGCAGGCUGAGUGGGAGGGGACAGCCAUAUUACACACUCAUUUCCUUAGGGAGAGCUAUAUUAUUGAAACCUUAGCUCAGGUGAGCUACAUUGCAGUUCCACUUUGUUACUUAGGUGGAAUAAAGACAUACAUGGCCCCUACCUGCCAAUCAGGAGGUCCUUGGGAAAAGCUCACAGCUUAGGUCAGAUCUCUUGGGUGGUUUACACUCGGGGCAGGCUUAUAUGUUGAUGCUCACAGAGGACUAAUGCCUUAAGACCAAAAUGAAGCCCAAUUAGAAAGGAUAAUAGAAUAGGAGCUUCUUCACUUACCUGAGGGGUUUAGAGUUUUUUUCAGAGGGAACUUUAAUUGAUUGUGUUAAAUAAUAAAAGCCCCCUUCUGUGUGCCAUGCCUAUAAAAGUUUAGGUGCUGUCUUGAGCUGUUAGUUUGAUGGUCACACAUAGGAUCUUGAGGUCUUGUAGUGUGGGUCCUGGUGCUGCCCUAGGCUCCUUUUUACAGAAGAUGUGUUUGGGUACCUGCUGUGCUGGUGUGUGAAAUAGGCUUUCCAUAGCCAGCUGUAUCCGUAUGAAAGGGUUAGGGUGGAAUAUCCCUGAAGGACCACUGGGAUUACGUGCUUGUGCCCGGGUGCCAUGUGUAGGUUUCAUCUCUAGCCCCUUGGCCUCCAGUUGAGAUUCAAUUUAGCUCUGCUCUGCUGUCUUCCUGAAAUAAAAGCCUGUACCUGGUCCCAGGAGAACAUUUUGACUAGCUGUGUACUCAUACUAGGAACAUUUUGCUUCCUGGACUCUUUGGGGACAUAACUGGACAGUCCUCAGAGCCAGCAUCAGCGUGUCUGGUUUGUAUCAUUUUCUAUCUAGAUAUAAAUUUCUAUGGAGAAACAGCUGUUUUGUUUUAUCAUGGUGUAAAGUUACUGGAAAUAUUUCUGUGCUGUGGCCUGUAGUACCCUCGGAGGAUAAUUCUUGGACACAUGUGGCAUACUGUAGCUAUAGGGCUACAGUAGGCAGACCCUUUGUUUAGGUAUCGUCCUUUGGGUGGUCAGGAUCCCUAGAGUUGCAGAAAGGCCACUUGCCUCAGUCUUUUGUGAAGGAUGUUCUCCCCAAGUAGCUGGCACUAAUGAUUGUGGCAACACAUCUGGAUGCUUUGUUUUAUUGUCUUUUUGGUUUUUCUAGACAGGUUUUCUAUGUGUAACCCUGGAUGACCUGGAACUCACUCUAUAGAGUUGGCCUCGAACUCAGAGAUCUGCUUACCUCUGUUUUCUUAAUUUGGGUUUUCAUGGAGAAAGGGAGCUAGAAGAACAGAUAUCCAGAGAUUUGUUGUAUCUGUAGGGAGUGGCUCAGGCUAUUAUGCAAGAAGUUAUGGGAUCUACCAUCUGCAACCUGUGGGCCCACGACAGCUACUUCUUAGGUUCCAGUCCCAAGAAUUGGGAGAGCCAGUAGUUUUCAUCCUGGGCCUUUUGUGAGGUGAAAUAACCAGUACCACCCACAGGCCAGGGCCCAGGAGCCGGUGGACGUCCAGCUCAGGAAGAGCAGAUAUGCCCUUCCUAGACCCUGUUCUUUCUGGGCCCUUGGUGCAUAGGUGACACCAGUACAUUGGGCAGGGCAGUCCUAACUCUGACUGGUGAUUCUAAUACUUCCCAAAUCCAUGCUGUGUUUUCCCUGUGUCAUAUAGUGUGUGUCAUGCAUGUGCUCUGGGAGAUGACUACAGGCUCUUCUGCUUGCUCAUCCAGAAUGAGUUUGCCUUACAUUGAAUAAGAGCUGAAGGACUAUGGAUAUGCAGGACAUACUCCUCUGUCUGGGGCAUAGUAAUUGGGAAGCAGGUUAAAAUCAGGUUUCUGCAGUGACCAAUGAGAAAGCAUUACCUUCUCUUUUAAAUCAGAUGAAAACAGGAUUUGGUAGCCCCUGGUCCCCUUGUCUACAUGAUCAGCUCUAGGCCUGGGGACCUAAUUCCUAUCCUAGGUCUAGAAUCUGGCAACAUUAGGCUUUUACCACAAGCCUUCCUGAUAAAUUAGAAGUGAUUUUUGUCUUGUUUCUUGUAGGUCACACUUGUGCCAAUAGAUGGCACUGUAUUAGUUUUGGAGACUGUUUUAGAUGUUCUGGGCACCUAAGCUAUCCACCAACACCCACAGCCCUGUACCCCAUCUUGCUACAGGGAAGGGUAGCCUAUCAGUGUAUUAGGCCCAGCCCAUAAUGGAUCUGAAAAAAGUAAGGAGGAUGAACAUGAAGCAUCCUUAGAGAGUGUUUGACCAAGAUUACUCCUGCAGUUAGAGGGCUUACUGUUAUUUUCUGAGGAGUAAAAGAUGCAGUUAUUUGCCCAGAUUGGCCAAUUUCAGCCUCAAUAUUUGUGACUGAUAACCCUAGGCCUGCCAGUUUAUAGGCCUCUUGAAUCUCUUAAUGUUUCAUGAUCAUUUUAACAGGCAAAAGUCUGGACUUUCAUCAUAUUAACUUGGGAAUCUUUGACUCUUGGACCUUAACCCAUGCAGUGAGAGGGUAGGCCUUUAGUACUCAGAAGUCAUGAGAGAUGUAGGAUGUGCCCCUUGGAGGACCCAUCUCCAGCUCAGCAAUGCUUGGAAAUCAGUACCUAAGUAUUGUGGCUCACUCAUGUGUCAUUGUCAAGGCCUGCUUGGUGGGUCAGAAGUAGUCAGAGUAGGGCCAGGCAGUCUUGACAAUGGUCCAGGGAGUUCUGGGAUGGGUUGCUUACUAUAAUGAGGGCCCCUCUGGCAACAGCAUGGUCAAUCUGAGAGCCACCUGACUUUGGGCUUUCAUCUGCAGUCUGGUCCUGUGAUGUAUGAGCUCUGGUUUCCAGAGUUAGCUGUGACCUGGGAACCGUUAGUUUCCAUGGGCUCCCAAACCUUAGAUUUUUUUCCUACCUGGCAUGAAUUAUUAGAAUACACUGAAUUUUAGUGUGUGUUUUAUCUUUGUCAGUAUCUUCUGCCUCCUGAGUUAGCUUACUGCUAAAAUGAAAGUAAUUACUUCUCAGAUAAUUAAAUGGACAGCUGUUAGGUGUCUGACUCCUAGCACAAGUUCCUUUCAGAGCAGUGAUAUUUAUGGAAUGCUUGUGAUGUAUUCCAGUGAUGAUAGCAAAUGCAGCAAAUCGUCAUAUAACAAACCCAUUACAGCCAUUUCUGAUGUGUAUAAGUCAGUGAUGUUUGUGUAGCCACAGUUGUGCAGUCAUCGCUGUUAGCAAGUUGCAGGAUAUUUUCAUUCAGACAGAAACACCAGCCCACUAGCCAGAAUUGCCCAGCUCCUUCCUGAAGCCCCUGGCAACCAGGAACAUGUUUCCUAUCCCUAGAGUUUGCUCAUUUGGAUAUUUCACAAACACAGACUCUUGCGCGCUGUAUGGCCUUUGGUGUGUUGGCUUCUACUCAAGGUGUCUGCAAAACUCAGCGGCAUGAUGUAAUCUGAUUAUUUUUAGUCUUGAGUGUGAGCUGCUUGUUAUUUGCUCACUCCAAUGGUUAAUCUGAUCAACUCAAUGGGUUUUAGAAUCAUCAUGAAACACACCCCUAAGUGUGUCUGUGAAGGUGUUUCCAGAGGUUUCAGUGAGAAGACCCACCUAUUGUAGGCUGCACCAUCCUAUAAUCCUGGGUCCUAGACUGAAUAAAAAGGAGGAAAAGAGCUGAGCACCAGCUAUCAUCUCUGCUUCCUGACUGCAGAUGCAGUGAAACCAGCUGCCUUAAGAUCCUGCAACCGUGACUUCCCCACCACAAGGACUGUACCCUUAUACUGUGAACCAAAAUAAAACUCCUUCCCUCA